CCGUCUGUCUCCUGGAAGUCAAGGGCCGCUUCGUCUCUCCUCUCCGCUGCCCCCUCCCCUUCUCGUGCGUGAUCCUAGCUAGGGUUCGUUCGCCUCGUCUCGCGAUGGACAAGGGCAAGGGCGCCGUCGUCGUGGCCCCGGCCCCGGCCCCUGCCGCUGCCGCCGGGAAGAAGGCCAAGCGCUUCGAUAUCAAGAAGUGGAACGCCGUCUCUCUCUGGGCCUGGGACAUCGUGGUCGACAACUGUGCCAUCUGCCGCAACCACAUCAUGGACCUCUGCAUCGAGUGCCAGGCGAACCAGGCGAGCGCAACCAGCGAGGAAUGCACCGUCGCUUGGGGAGUUUGCAACCAUGCGUUCCACUUCCACUGUAUCAGUCGUUGGCUAAAGACCCGUCAAGUGUGCCCUCUUGACAACAGUGAGUGGGAGUUCCAGAAGUAUGGUCACUAGAGAGUGACUUUGGCGUGGAGUUGCUUCAUGUUCCCCUCGUAGUUUAGCACCAGUGGCUACUGAAUACUGAUAACAGUCUAUGGAUCGGUGAUGUUUCUGAAGCUCUAAUUUUGGUGUAUGCCAUAUUCAUCCUUCAGGCACUGUUUGCAGUAAUACUCUGUUUGCAGUAAUUGAAGAAUACUCUGUUUGCAGUAAUUGGUACUUGUGGGCUAUAGCAAUGUUUGGCUCUCGGUUUACCGAUAUUGGUAUACGAAUCUGCGAUGCAUUAGACGAGCAACCUUUUAUAUAUAUACAGUGAGGCUAUGUUUGGAUGUA